AAAGCAGAUUGGAAGUAAAACUGAAAAAAAUGGCUGAUUUGCGUGAAGAAGAUAUCCCACAAGGUACAGACGAUAAUGAUUCGUCUGAGUUAGUGACGCGACCAACGAAACCGAGCUAUGGAGAUAGCUCAAAUGUUAGUUUAAAGCGAAAAAUUGAUGAUGGAUUUACACCGGACGGACCACCGACCAGUUGUCGCAAAGUGGACAACCAUACAAAAGUUGUCGCAACGCAUUACAAUGAAUUGAAAGAAAAGGGUCGGGCUGAGCGGUCAAAAUCCCAAAUUUUCCACAUGCGAAACUUUAACAAUUGGAUCAAAAGUGUGCUUAUCAACGAGUUUUUGACAAAAGUCAAAGAUUCGACAAGACAUGGUGAUCCAUUGCGCGUUUUAGAUAUGUGUUGCGGCAAAGGUGGUGACCUCUUGAAAUGGCAAAAUUCCAACAUUACACAUUUGAUAUGCACAGAUAUCGCCGAGGUGAGCAUGCAACAGUGCGAAGAACGAUACAAAACGAUGAUUGAUCGAAAUCGAAAGAAUAAAUACCCCAAGAAGAUAUUCACAGCCGAAUUUUUUGCUUGUGAUUCAACACUUCAACAGCUACGCGAGAAAUAUAAGGAUCCAUCCGUUGAAUUGGAUCUGGUUAGUUGUCAGUUCGCCUUCCAUUACUGCUUCGAAUCGCUUAAACAGGCCGAGUGUAUGAUACGAAAUGCGGCCGAAUGCUUAAGAGCUGGUGGAUAUUUCAUCGGCACCAUUCCCGAUGCAAAUGACAUUAUGAAACGACAACGUGAAGCAGAUAGUGACGAAUUCGGGAACGAAAUUUAUCGCAUAAAGUUUCUCAGUGACACAGAAACGCCACCAUUAUUUGGUGCAAAGUAUAAUUUCGAGUUGGACGGUGUGGUCAAUUGCCCAGAAUUUUUGGUACAUUUUCCAUUGCUGGUGAAGUUGGCUGCCAAAUUUGGAUUAAAAUUGGUCUUGAAGGAGCGUUUUGAUGAAUAUUUCGAAAAAAAUAAGAACAACUAUAUAGCCAGAGGUCUUCUUGAAAAAAUGAACGCACUGGAAACAUAUCCACCAUUUAAUCAGAAGGAGGCCGCUGACAUGAGCGCAUCACCCGAAUAUGCUCACGUUAAAAGCUAUUCGAGAGGUCGAACUUGCGGCACUCUCUCCAAAAGUGAAUGGGAAGCUAGCUCGCUCUACUUAGUGUUUGCCUUCCAGAAGAUGAAGUCACGCAUCAACAGUGAAAACCAGACCGAAUAUUUUGAUUGAUUAAAUAUAUGAAUUAUAUUUUUAUCUUGAAUUGGUAAAUUGGAAUAAAUUUUACAAUAUGGAACAUUGAAUGAAAA